UGCACUCACAGGUUCGACGAAUGAGCUAAGCUCUGGGUUGGGUGGGUAGGUGUGUUGCACACGAGUCUCUGGUGUGUACAUGUUGUUUUUGAUACUCCCCUGGUCCGUCUACGGCCGCCCAUUCGAACGAGGUCGUCCCUGUGGCCACUGUCUCGAUCGUCCAGUUUGUCCCGUGCCUGCGACCCGUUCACAACGAACGUCGAACGAAAAAGAUAAAAUCAAAUCAACAACAAACAAACGAAAGAAAGUGAGAGAGAGAAAGAGAGAGGCCGAGAUAGGCAGAGACUUUCGACAUUGUUUCGUUCUCCGGUGAUUAUCAUUGUUAACCGUAAAAAAAGGGGGCCAGGUGCGAAUCAGUAGCGCCCAGUGUCGGUGUUUUUUGCCGUCGUCUAAAAGGAAAGAAAAAAAGAAAACAUGAAGUGAUAAGGGAGUGUUUUUAUUUUUGUUCUUCUGUUGCUGAUGCUGCCGCCGCCGCCUUGUGGCUUGUCUGUUAUUAUUGUUAUUAUACGUGCAGUACGCAUGUCUGACUAAACUGUACGAGUCGUUAGUGAUCGAUUAUCAGUUUUAAAAAAAGGGGGGAAGAUAAAAAGAUGCUUCAGAAGAACGUCGUCAUUAACGGACGGGUGCCGGAGCCAAUGCCAGGACCCAAAGCAGCGGUGAAUGAGGUCGUCAACAACAACCAGAAGAGAGUGAAGCUGGAACGCGUCCUGGGGUUGACCGUCACAUCAAAUGCGGCGCUCGCCUGCGAUCCCAAUACGGGAACCAUCGCCUAUCCUGCAGGAUGCGCCGUGGUGUUGUUCAACCCACGCAAGAAUCGCCAGACUCACAUUGUCAAUCCGUCGCGUAAAACGCUAACGGCGGUGGCUUUUUCGGCCGAUGGCAAGUACCUGGUGACGGGCGAAUGCGGUCACCAGCCCUCGGUCCGCAUUUGGGAUCUGGCCGAUAGGAGCCAGGUGGCGGAAUUUGCUGGGCACAAGUUCGGCGUCGUUUGCGCGGCUUUUUCGCCCAACCACAAGUACGUGGUGUCGGUUGGCUCGCAACACGACAUGAUUGUCAACGUAUGGGAUUGGCGUAGCGGCGUCAAAGUGGCCUCCAACAAGGUGUCGUCCAAGGUGAAGGCCGUCUCGUUUGCAGAGAACGGCUCCUACUUCGUGACGGUGGGUAACCGGCACGUCAAAUUUUGGUACCUGGAAUAUUCUCGAUCAGCCAAGUAUAAGGAACCUGUGCCGCUGAUGGGCCGUUCGGCCAUUUUGGGCGAGCAGCGCAACAACUACUUUUGUGACGUCGGAUGCGGUCGCGGUGAGAUGGGCGACUCGACGUACGCCAUCACCAAGACGGGCCUCCUCUGUGAAUUCAACAACCGUCGCCUCCUGGACAAAUGGGUCGAAUUAAGGACGUCGAGCGCCAAUUGCUUGGUGGUUGGCGAGCAGCACAUAUUUGUCGGCUGCGCUGACGGCAUCGUCCGAUGCUUCAGUCCAUUUACGCUGCAGUUCGUCACGACUUUGCCGAGGACGCACUACCUCGGCGUCGACGUCGCCAAGGGUCUCUCCAUCAGUCACAUGGCCUCGCAUCCGGCCAAUGCCAAAUACCCGGACACGGUGGCGCUCACCUACGACGAGACGAACCACAAGGUGGCCUGCGUCUACAGCGAUCGCAGCCUCUACUUGUGGGACAUCACCGACAUCCGCAAGGUUGGCAAAUCGCAUUCGUUUUUGUACCACGCUGCCUGCAUUUGGGGCGUCGAAUCGUACCCCUCUUCCAAAGAAGGCAUGAAGGGCGUUCUGCCCACUGGCUCGUUCGUGACCUGCUCGAGUGACGAUACGAUCCGCGUCUGGAAUCUCGACCCCAACAUGGGCACCAACACCAUCUACCGGCGCAACAUUUACAGCAACGAUCUUCUCAAGACCUUGUACGUUGAUCAAGAAUUAGCUUUCCUGAAGGAUCAGGAUCUAGCUGCAGGCGGCUCGUCGGACAAGACUGACUCGACUUAUGAUGCCCGUAAUGGUGUCCGAUGCAUCCGGAUUAGUCCGGAUGGCAAACACCUGGCUUCGGGUGACCGAGCCGGUAACAUUCGGAUUCACGACAUGCAAUUCAUGGAUCAACUCUACAAAAUCGAAGCCCACGACUCGGAAGUGUUGAGUUUGGAAUACUCGAAGCCCGAAUCUGGAUUAAGGCUCUUGGCUUCGGCUUCGCGCGAUCGUCUCAUUCACAUCUUUAGUGUCGAUCAGGGUUACAGUUUUGUACAGACGCUGGAUGACCAUUCGUCGUCCAUCACUUCUGUGCGGUUCGUUUUAAGUCAUGGACUCUUUCAGAUGGUCUCUUGCGGUGCCGAUAAGUCGCUCAUAUUCCGCCAGCUGCAACAGGCUAAUGGCAACAGUCAGGUGCAGUUUGCCCGCGGACACAAUAUCGUCGGCAAGACCACCUUUUACGACAUGGAAUCGGACCAGAGCCAGAAACACAUCUUGACGGCAUGCCAGGAUCGCAGCGUCAGAGUUUACAACACGUCCACUGGCAAGCACAGCAAGACUUUCAAGGGAUCCAACAGCGAUGAUGGAACGCUUAUCAAGCUCUGCCUGGACAGCAGCGGCCUAUACGUGGCCACCAGCUGCACGGAUAAGACAUUGGCCGUCUACGAUUACUAUUCCGGCGAAUGCAUGGCCACCAUGUAUGGCCACUCUGAGCUGGUGACUGGUCUGCGCUUCACUAAUGAUGGCAAGCACCUGGUCAGCGUUUCGGGCGAUGGGUGCGUCUUCAUAUGGAAGUUGCCGCACGAUAUGACUGUGACGGUCCAGGCACGGCUGACUCAACAGAGCGCCCGAGCGGCCAAAGAGAGCCGGCGGGCCACUUACAACGCUCACGGAGGUAGCGGCAGUGGCGGACCCCUUUCGCCGGAUCUUAAAACCGACAAUGAGGAAUUCGGUUCUCCCCCGCCGGAAUUGUUUGAUCCCAACGCCAACGCUAACCAACAAGGGAUGGAGGAAGACUAUCGUUUUAGCGUCGGUCAGCUGCCCCUGUGGGCCAAGAAGCAAAUCGGUGAAAACAAUCCACCCAAACCCGGAAGCAAUAGUACGAACAAGGGAGGUGUCGACUUGCCAAAGGGUCGAUGGGCACAGAGGAUGGAUACCACCAACGCAUCGGGCAUCACUGUCAAGUCAUUUUACCAAGGCGACAGUCUCAUUCCUUUCCCUCCGUCUCAGAUGGAGAAAGGAAACCUGGCAGACUCCGACGGAUCCAAGGACAGCUCACUGGAGAGUAACGAGUUCCGCAGCUACGGCCGCAACGACGGGACAUUUCUCAAAGAGAACGAACCUGACGAAUUUGUCCCUUGUCCUGCGAGCCUUGAUGAAAUCGAGCGCGCCUCUCUCGCUUUCCAGAUUCCGACGUCGAAGAUAACGCGGCGAGGCGGCGAAAGUUCGGCAGAGAGUGGGCGUGGCCGGACAUUGACUGACGACAGCAGCGCCAGCAGCUUGAAAAUGGAGGAUUUCGAAGGGACGGAACAUGACGGUGACGUCGAAGAUUAUUCUGACAACGAGUCCACCGAGCCCGAACAAACUGAGAAGUUGAUGUAUUAUCCCCAAAACGAGGAGACCAGCAGCGAUUACACCGUCAACGCUAUGGAUGUGGAGGAGUUGCGACGAUCGCAGCGUCGCGUGAAGAAACCACGAUCGUCCGGCACGGACCUUGGCAUGAGUUACACUUUGAACCCGCCCAGUAGCACAGUUUCUGUCUCAGGGUCGCAGGACUCGGAAGACGACGACGAUGAAAUUUCGACGCCAAGUGGCGAACUUGCCGAACGAAAUCUACUCUCGCUCCUUUCUGUCAGUUCCGAAAGUCUGGAUCGAGUGGGUCGCCGUGAGUCGUACCUGAAGAGUAAUUUCGAGUCGCUUGGAGGUCAGAGCGAUAAUCUGGACAUGACGGUCGUCUCGGCCGAAACGGAGGACGGCUCACCUUUCAACAAGUCCAAUUUGAGCAGCUUGACGUCGAAAUUUUUGACGAAGAGCAACAGCAACGCGGACAUGAUCAGCGCCGUGAAAGCCACCCAGCGCGAUCCUGAAGCGGCCCGCAAGCGUGAGGAGCUGCAGCGCCGAAUCGAGGAGACGCGGCGCAAAUUGCAAAGCAUUGGCUACAAGUCGAAUUUGAGGAACAGUCAAAGCAUCACCGAUCUGCGAGAGAGUGGACCUGCCUCGUUGACGGCUUCGCCGACUCCCAACAUGACGUCGUCCGGCUCCGUCGCCGGAGGUGGAGGAGGCGGCACUUUCGAUUCGUCGUCGGCUGGUGGUCGAAUGUGGGGAUCGACCAAGGAUCGAGGUAAGCUUCGUCUGCUGCAGUCGCACCAUCUCUUCCGCUCGCUAGAUGCCACCGUCUCGACCGUUACUAACCACCACCACCACCCCCCAGUCCAAGUUAACCGUUUGACCGAUUUCCCCUCGCCUCUCGCCCUCGCACCGAAAUCCCAUCGGUGGAGCGACCCCGCUGCUGCUUACCAUUCACUGCCGCACCCGAGCUUGUGGUCGACCACGAUCGAAGAUGACGAGGCCAGCCUCAGUUGCGACUCGCUUGAUCCUUCCUCGACCCAUGCCGCAAUUAGUGUUCCCAGUGCCUCGUCCCCGAGUCCUCCGCCUUGCCCGACUCCGCGAAAGCGAUGGCAAAGUCCAGCUCCUACAUCCCGGCCCAAUAACAUGCUGGAUUGUAUCGAGCCUCUUGACUUGUUCAAUGUCCAGCAGCAGCAGCAGCAACAGAAUCAACAUCAGCAGCAACGUCGGCCGGAUGAGGAAGAAUUUCAUCCGCGCUUCGUCAGCUGGGAACUCCCAUUCAAUUCGCAACGCUCUGGGCACUGCAGACUGGGUAAACCGUGGGUCAGAGUCCAUCCCCGGAUGCGCUCCGAAGUGAACCCGCCGGCUUCACACAAAUGCGAUCUCAAAGCGCAUCGUCGUUGCAAGCCGCGCUCCCGUACGUCCAGCCGGGAACGGACGCCAUCAGCGCACGAUGGAGUCUGCAACAACAACAACAAUGGACCGGAUUCAAUGCCGGAAAUGGCGAAUCGUUCCAAUGCCAAAUCGAAAUGGGCACGCCGCGUUUGCGUCCAGCAGUUACUUCCGUCUAAAACUCGCUUCUCGUCCUCGUCCUCCUCGCUGGACGUCAGAGCCGAUGCCCAAACUGGGCGAGUUGCCAACGAUGGUGAAGCUGAUGCUGAGAACGGCACCAGCGGCCUGCGUCGAGCAUGCUCGUUGAGCGACCUAUCGAAGCCUUCGCCACGUAGACUCUUGCCCUCUCCGCCCAACAAUGUGUCUGGAAAAGUGUCCCGGCCUGCGGCCUCCGCUCCGCAACAAACUCAGCCACAACCUCAAAAAGCCAGGCAGUUUGUUCAAACCCAGCCAGUUAAGCGGACGUCGCUUAGACCCGCCGUUUCGACCGAUCUGACUCGCAGUUCGUCCAUGGGAUUUCUUAAUCAGGCCAACGAUUCGGACAGCGAGCUGAAACGACCUCAGUCGAGCGCUUCUGGUUCCACCAAUUUGAUCCACUCCAAUCGUGGGAGUCUAACUGUCGCUUCCGGCGUAUCCAAAUCGCCUUCGUUCGGAUCCAUUUCUCGUCCCUCGUCAACACAGUCAGCCAUGCGUCCCACCAUCAGCUCAGCCAACAAAGCUGCCGCCAUGUCCGGCAGUAAAGUUGGCGGAAGCAACAGUGGUGGAACUCCGAUGAAAUCUCUGCAGACGACUCGUCGUAUUUCAUCGGCCGUUUCCACCGGGGACACCCAGCAGGCGUUGCACGAUUCUUCCAGUUCAGAGGAAGCCGGCGGUACCGAGCCCAAAACCAACGUCAAGGCCCGAGUGAUGAGUUUUGAGAAAACGGUUGGCGGCCGAAGUGAAAAGGCACGCUCUGUUUUGUUCACUCCGUCUCCCAAGACCAAUCCGGCUCGCCGUAGUCUCUUCAACAGUCCAGUCACAUCUGCAUCGUCGUCCACUCCGGGAGUGGGUGCACCUCGGUCCGCCCCGUCGACUCCAUCCGACAAUGGCCCAUCCCACGAUGCCAAUAAAGUCUUGUCACGAGCCUCGUGCGAAUUGGCCAUUGAGACCAUGAAGGCCUCAACGGAGCAGCUUCUUCUGUUGCAGCGCCGACUUGCGGGCGGGACGGGUUCGUCUGAAGGUUCAGAAUCCAACCUGUCGGAUCGAGAAAGAGCUGAGCUACUGCAGUUGCUCUCUACGGCUUCUAUGCCCAUCAUCCAAAGUCUGAAGACUCUCCAGUUCCCACCGGCGGGCAUAGAGCUGGAUCGAUUGGCAAACGCGACGUCGCCACAACCCAAUGAAAACAAUCCUUUGAUGGUUCAGAUGAUGCAACAGUAUUCUGACAUGCUUCUUUCGAUGAUCCACCAGCGAAUGGGAGUCCCGGCUCCGCCCUCUCCGCGGUAGCUUGCCAGCAGUCCCAGCAGCCAAAAAAAUGACGCCCCGUAACGUUGUGAUUCUGUUGGGCGUGAUUCGUUGCCACACAUCACGAGACCUAUCUAUUCCUGAACGUGAAAUUCUUCAGUGACCCCCCCAUCCCUCCCCUCUUUACAUUCUCAGUUGCUAAACGAAAGAACAAGGCCGUGUAUAGGGUCUGUCUGACUGUCGAGCUCUCUUUUUUUCCCCUUUUUUUUUCUUUAUGGAAGCCCCGUCCAUCUCAUAUAACGAUGUGCGUAGCCGUCGGUGCCAUUUUUUUCAUCCUCUUCUUCCGCGUUGUUUCCUCUCCCCCCCCCCCUCUCUCUACAAUCUUUUAAACUCUCCAACAGGGUUUCAUCGUCUGAAAUAAUCCUUCAAAAACAUUUUUUGUACCAAAGCGAUGGGAACAUCAACAUUCCCUGCUCUCUGGUUUCGUUAAUUAACGUGUUAUUUGCGAUAUUUAGUGUAAGGGCUUCUAUGGUUUAUUUGCCAAUCGUUCUUCUACUUUUGUUUUUUUGAUCUAAAAAGACUUGAGACCAGAUAACUACAAAAUUUCCAUCCAUUCCAACCCAAUCGCUCUCGAUGCGGUCAAGUUUUCAAAUUGGUCAAAUUUUCAAAUAAUUUUUUUUCUUUUUUAAGAUUAUCACGAAGUACGAUACUGCGCGUAGGAUAAGCCACCCCAUCCCCUAAUGAUUGUACAUUAUAUCUGUAACAUAGAGUUAUUAAAAACACAGUGAAAGAAAGUUAAAGGAAAUGAAGUAGUUUCCGUGCCAAACUGAGAUGUUGGAGGCCUUUUCACAUUCCACCAAUGCUUCUAUUCGACUGGCAUGUUGGGAAACAUCUGCAACCACCAUGAGCCAAACAUCUGCAACCACCAUGAGCCAAGCCUUUUUGGGAAAAUUAAUUACCUUAUCAUGCAUGAUUUUCUUCUGUAGACCAUACUUCCACCAAUUAAAGUUCCAGGUUCAUCCCAUUUUUGGCGUUACUUUGCUAACAAAUUGAGCGGUAAUAAACACUCUUUAAAAUUGUGAA